AGGAGGACGAUGAUGGAGACAAGGGGCGGUGAUCUGGUAGGAGGAGGAAUGAAGAUGAAGGCGGUGGUGGCCAUUGACGAGAGUGAUGGCAGCUUCUACGCGCUCAAGUGGGCCCUUGAUAACCUCUUCGCUCCCAUGGCUGCCGUGGGGCCUCUCGCAACAGAUCCAGACCCCCCACCGAACGAAGGCUUGCUGUUUCUGGUUCAUGUUCAGCCCACCUUUUACCCCCCGGUCUACCCCGUUGGACCCGCGGCGUUUGCGGCGCCUGCAGUGAUGGAUGCAGUGAAGAAAGCUCAGGAAGAGAUAUCAGCCAGGAUAAUAUCCAAGGCAUUGCAAAUGUGCAAAGACAAGCUACAGGUGAGGGCAGAAAGUGUAAUUAUGAAUGGAGAUCCAAGAGAAAUGAUAUGUCAAGCUGCAGAGAAAAUGCAGGUUGAUCUGCUCGUCAUGGGUAGCCGCGGCCUUGGCACCUUCAAGAGGGCAAUUCUGGGAAGUGUGAGCGACUACUGUGCACAUCAUGCAAAAACUCCAAUCCUCAUAGUCAAACCUAACAUGGAGCUUCACCACAAGCACUAGUGCCAUCUCAUGGAUCAUUAACGGUGCAUGUGUAGCCUUUUCUUUCAGAAACUCUUUGAAAAAACAAGAAAAAAAAUGUCUUCGCUUGUAUGUAUAUACUGCCGAAUGUGUGUGUUGUUUGGGUUAAGAGGUUCAGGAAAA